AUCCAGUCAAAGGGCUCUUUACAAGGAUUUUCUAAGCAUAUACUCUUAAAAAAAGAUUAUCUAAGCAUAUCUUGGUACACCGUACGCGUCGUGGUUGUUCUUGAGCCUUACUUCUUCGGGAAUGUAACGUUUGGCUGAUAAGUCAUGGCAGAAAGUACCGUUGGUUGAUUUGUUGUGAGAGCUGUCAUAAGGUCAAAGGAACAUGCUACUCUUGACUGGGCCUAAUUUUCCUUCACGUCCAAAUUAUCCACGGUACAACGGCCCAAUCUUCAGACUACAGGCCCAUCAGCUUCAGCUCACACCCCUCCCUUCCAAAAGCUCCAGCUGGGCCUAGUGCCGCCGGGCUGCCGGAGGUUGGGAGACCUCGGAACUUCCGAGCAGGGGGAGGGGGUCUGGCCGGUGGCGACGUCACCUCAAGACACACUGCAUCUUCUACUGGAAGGGGGAUGAUGGUUGAGAUGCUUCCUCCAACUCCAACCGCGGCUGCCGAAGUGCUCUCCAUCCUCCGCGGAGCUGACGCCGCCCGCCUCCUCCCCGCAUCCGGCAUCACCCCGACGCCCGAGCUGCUCCAGCACCUCCGCCCGGCGCUCCCGACCCUCCCGGACUCCGCGAUCCCGGCACUCGCCCGCUGGGCCGGCGCCGCCACCGCCGUCUCCCUCCUCGCCUCCCGCCGCCUCUUCGCCGCCGCCUGGCGCUUCCUCCUGCUCCCGCCCGCCGCAUCCUCCCCGCCGCCGCCGCCGCUCGCCGCGUUCGCGCCGCUCCUCCGCCGCUACGCCCGCCUCGGCCGCACCGACUCCGCGGCCCGCGCGUUCCGUUUCCUCCAACGCCACCCGGGCUGCUACGCCGUCGAAAGCGACGACGGUGCGCCAGCUGCCGAGGCGGCGGUCUCCCCGUUGAUCCUGACCGUCGAUGCGCUCUGCAAGGAGGGCCACCCUCGCGCCGCCGCGCGGCUCGUCGCGCAGGUCCGGCGCGAGGACGGCGGGUGGGCGCCCGACGUGCGGGUCUACAACAUCCUGCUCAACGGGUGGUCCCGCGCGCGCCGUCUCGACAAGGUGGAGAAGCUCUGGGCGGCGAUGCGCGAUGAGGGCGUGCGGCCGACGGUGGUCACCUACGGGACCUUCAUCGACGCGUACUGCGUCAUGCGCAGGCCUGACCAGGCGAUGACGCUCCUUGAUCAGAUGCGGGAGGAGGGGAUCCAGGCCAAUCUGCUGACCUGCAACCCCAUCGUGUAUGCCCUUGCACAGGCAGGCCGUUUCGGGGACGCACACAAGGUGCUCGAGAAAUUUCCCCUCUACGGCGUGUCACCGAAUAUCUCGACAUUCAACUCCCUUGUCUUCGGCUACUGCAAGCACGGAGACCUUGCUGGAGCUAGUGGAGUACUCAAGGCCAUGCUGGGUCGGGGCAUUUCGCCAACCGCAAGGACGUACAACUACUUUUUCAUGGUCUUUUCCAGGAAUCGUAGCAUUGAGCUGGGAAUGAAUCUCUACGUGAAGAUGGUCAGCAAUGGCUAUGCGCCAGACCAGUUCACUUACCACCUUCUGAUCAAGAUGUUGUGUGAGGCGAACCGGCUUGAAUUAACGCUGCAAAUGCUUCAGGAGAUGAGAAAUAAUGGUUUUGAGCCAGAUCAAGCAACCAGCACCAUGCUGAUACAUUUGCUUUGUCGACGCCAUCACUUUGAGGAGGCUUUUGCAGAGUUUGAGCAGAUGUUUGAGAGAGGGAUUGUGCCCCAGUAUAUCACUUACCGGAUGCUUAUGAAAGAGCUAAAGCGGCUUGGUUUAGUCAAAUUAGUACAGAAGUUGGCAGAUCUAAUGCGUUCAGUUCCACAUUCCACAAAGUUACCUGGCAGUUACAGGGAUAAGGAAGGAGAUGAUGCUAUAGAGAAGAAGAAAUCAAUAUUACUGAAAGCCCAGGCCGUUUCAGAUGUUUUGAAGGAUUGUAAAGAUCCCAAGAAACUGGAGAAGCUCAAAGAUCCUGAAGAAACGGAUGUCCAAGUUGCAGACAGGAUUGUAGCCAACAUUAGGAGAAGAGUAUAUGGAGAUGUCUUAAGGAUAGUGCCAUCCGUUUCUUGAACAUCGAUUUGCAUUGUGUAUAUAUAUCAAUAUUAAUUGCAUGACUAUGGUUUUAGCAGUCGAAUUAUUCAUCUCAAAAUAUGACCACCUAUGCUAUUCUUCUUACAUGAUAUAGCAGUGAGUUUCAGAUGUUCUGCUUUGCUUUCUCUGUCGCUGGAAUCAUCAAUGAUUCGGCGUCGCCCUCCCCUUCCUCAUCCUGGCGGAGUUGGCAGUUACCAUGGUUUGUUCUUAAGUUGGUUGAUGACUCUCCUGUUGCAGAGGAGAAGGGGCUGGAUCAACCAAAUGUGAGCUUUGCAAGAACUCUUGCGUCACUGCAACACAGUGUGGAAACAAUUUCUAGCACACUAAUAAUGCAUGCUUAAUUGCUUAUGGAUGGGCCCAGAGAGCAGCUUAUGCUUCUGUCCAAUUUGAUCCUAUUGUAAUAGUAGUGUUGAUUCUGAUGAUUGUUCAGACUGACAGAGCGUCGGCACUAGAUGAGGCAGUUGAGUACUUGAAGUCCCUCCAAAUGCAAUUUCAUGUCUGAAAUGGCACUUCCCAGUUUAUCUGCAUAUAUGCAACAUUGUAUCCUUGUUGAUUGAUUUUGUAGCCUCAGCUUGGAAACUGAUCUGUUACCUGUGCUUAGCUCACCAGCUCGUGCCUGCAAUGACCAUGGUGUUCGAUUCAGCAUGUAUUGCCAACUGUGGCGCAGUUCCGAUCAGAUGCAAAGAGUACCACCCUUCAUGAACAACCUGUUGCUAAAUCAGAUGCCUUGGAUCUCAUCUCCAGCUACCAAUGCAAUCAAUGUAACAAAUCAAGUUCAAAGCAAUCACAUAGCCUAGCUGAGGAAUCGCUUUCUUCAUCCUAAUGAUGCAUUGACGAUACCACCUCAGGUUAUUGUCAGAAUCCACGGCCUUCUUUGUAUUCAGAACUUCACCAAGCUUAGCUCAUGUCAUUUGGCUAUGGACUGCAUUUGACACAAUCACACAAGUGAACAAGAUUUAGAAGUUGCUGCACUGUAGCUCCAUCUUUGGGGCUGGGCCACCAUUUUUCUCUGAUGGAAUUGGAGCAUAAUAACACCAGUCUAGUAAGAUCUUUUAUAGGUUGUGCAAAGUUUUUGCAACACAAAUGGAUUUGCAUACGAUCUUCAACAUAAUACACUAUCACAGGUGCUUGCUUAAUUGCAUAGAAUAAAAUUAGUAUUCACUAUAUUACUUAAAAAUAUUCUGAAUUGGUUGCAAAUAUCUUUCUUUUCCUGCAAAGUACUUGAGCCUCUCUGUUCGUUCUCUUUCUUAACCAGCAGUUUUCAUGUCAUGCUAAUAUUUUCUCUCUCUUUAAGAUCAAAUCGACCAACAAUAAGCAUGAGCCAUUCGGUGUUGGAAAAUGAGGAACUAUCUAAGUGUGCAUGACCUCCACAUUACAUACUCUAGAUGUAUCUUUCAGUUGCCAAAUAAUUUUGACAUUGGUUAGUGCAUGUGUUGGCCAAUCUUUGUCUUCAGAGAAAUUAGGCUGCACAUUGAUUUAGAUAUACCGGUGAAUUUCAAUAGCUCCUAUCCUUUUGAGAUCUAGCUAUGGUUCAUGUUUUGUUUUUUUCCUUCGCAGACAAGCAUGCCACUAGGUUCCUCUCUGUAGUAUCAUUUUUCUAUGUGAAGACUUGUGUGUUCUGCAGAAAGAAUUUCACUACAAUACAAUCUGUCUAUGUCUCAAUGGCUGAUCAUAUUGUUUUAUAUCUAUAGUUCUUUUAUUCAUCGUAAUUACUUCUGCAUCAAGGUUUUACCAUAUUAAGCAAACAAUGGUUCAUCGCAUCACCUUCCAUUUUUUGGGUAAGCUAUUAGGUUCAGCUAACAAUAUUUGUUUUUAUCAAUCUAUCCAAUAUUCUCAAUGUCAAUGAUGUAUUUGGCAUUGUUUGGACCUGUUUUCACUAAUAACUAAUAAGGUUAUGUUUUUUUCCCAAUCACUUGUAUAUUUUGUACUCAAUAAAGCUUUAAGUCUUUAUGUCUUACCAUUCGCUAACUGUAUUUGUCACUGAAAUUCCUAUGUCCUGGCAGAUUUCCAACAUGGGAUGCAAAACCCACAUUUACUGGUACCAAGGUUGCAAUGACCAAACUUGCAGUUAGAAGCAGUGGUUGAGCGGCCCAUAUGACCAGGAAUGCUUAGCAGUUAGCACCGUGGCGAGCCAAGCUAGGCUUCUUAAUUUAUUAUGCAAACCCCAAAUGCAAAACUGUUGGAGAUGCUUAGAUUUUGAACUCUGCCCAUGUAUUUGUAAUCGGAUCCUGCAGUCGUUCUAACUUUCUUUUUAAUGUUUUUCUUCUCCUUUUCAACAUUUUCCAUCCUCUGCGCAUAACAAGUGGAAUACAACAUUUCUGUGUGUAAACAAGCAGAGUAUAUCAGUACAACAUCAGUUUUGGAAAUAUGUAAGAUAGCUUGCUUUACAUUGUUAAUUUGAGAUUUAAACACGGUCUUGGAACCAAUAAAGCUCAGCCAUAAAAAAUUAUGGAGGCAUGUAACAACUCUAUGCUAACGAGUCAAGUAGGGCCUGACCUAGGCGACCGUUGUGAAAUAACUGAAUGUGCAGUGUCCCGGCAGUUAGAGAAGAAAUCAAAUCAGUUGUAUUACUAAAAGCCCAGGCCGUUUCAGACGUUUCUGAAGGAGUGUACAGAUAAAAGAAACUGCACAAGCUCAAAAAUCCUGAAGAAACUGAUGCCAUACUGUCGAAGUCACAGACACGAUUGCAGCCGACAGUAAGAGAAGAGUAUGUGGAGACGCCUCAAGGAUAGUGCCAUCAAGGGAGCUCCUAAUUCUUCGUACACAUGCCAAUUUUUGUGCUUCAAUAGCAUCUAGCGAUAAUUUUGUUAGGUCAAACCAAGUUGGAUAUUCCUUCGCCAAUUGGAAGUCACUUCAAGAUGAAACCGCAAGCAGAGAAUUUAGAGUCAAAGACUACAGAAGGUUGCCGUGGCAAGAAGAUACCAGGAGAGGCAAUUCAUGGGCAAAGUACACGAGAAGCAAUAAUAAAGAGAGACACCGGAGUUAGACUAUGAUCUGCGUCGCUAUUUCCAAAUUCAUACUCUCUUUGUAAUAAUCGCAACCCGUCUUGAAAUAUGUUAUGUUUACAGACAGGAAAAAAAA